AUGACGAAAACCAAGUUGGAGAGCCACAUUGCUAGUGCGAUAUUGGAUCCUACCCCUCCACAGGCUAAAUCCAGGGAUAAGGCCGUCGAGCCAGAGGCGAAGGAAGAUUCCUCUCCUAGGCCCUUUGUUGAAGACGACAUGUCGUUCUCUGGUAGCACUCUUGCUAAGGAAAGACAGGAAGCCCUAAUGGACCUGCCGACCGAGGUCUUGAUCGACCUGCGCAUCAUCAACCAAUUGAUCGAGAAGCUCGAUGGCAAGAAACUCAUGAAGGCAGUGGUAAAUCUGCUCAGCCUCGAGGAGAAUACAUCAGGAGUCCAUUGCGUGGCCCCGGACGAGGGAGAUUCUGCGCACAAGGAGGCCACCGAGCACAGACUCUUGACCCAGUAUCUGCUUGAAAGUGGCAUUGCGGCGGGAGAUCUUCCCAGAAUGAGAGCUGAUGAUUCACUGCACAAUAAUCUCAUCCGGCUGCAAAGGCGAUAUCCAACCAAUCACCCUGCGAUACUUCGCUCGGUACUGCGGCGGGUGACAACGACACAGGUCUUGGGUGUGUUGAGGACCCAGAUUUGGCGCCUAUCAUCGCAGGGCAGAGCAAAAACUGGUGAUGAUGCCACCGCUGGCCAGAAUACCCCUAAGAGAGGCCCGAAGAGUGGUUGGAGUGCGAAGGAAAAUGAGGUGGUCGCGGCGUAUCAGCCUCCAGUGCAGUGGUGA